AUGCGGCUGUGUAUAAGAAGGGAGGGAGACGGGACUAGAGAAGGAGCACAGAAGGCAGAGGUGAGGAAGAUGGACAGAAGAGACACCCAGCUGCUUUGCUCUCUGCUGCUGUGCAUCAUCACUCAGGUGUGGUGCCAGCUGUGCACUGGGCCAUGCCAGUGCCCGCCCACUGUGCCGCGCUGCCUUGUUGGUGUUCCUCUGAUGUUUGACAGUUGUGGGUGCUGCCAGGUUUGUGCUCGUCAGGAGGGCGAGGCCUGCACGGAGCGGCUGCCCUGUGACACCCAGCGAGGGCUGCAGUGUGACUACAGUGCCAGCUUCCCUGGAGGGCCGGGACAGUGUGUCGGUCGGAACGAGCUGGGCUGUGAGAUAAAUGGCAGGCGGAUUGAAGAAGGACAGGUCUUUCAACCUUCCUGUGCCCAGCUCUGCCACUGCCUGGGGGGAGGCGUGACGUGCGUGCCCUUGUGCACCGAUGAUCUGCAGAGGCCCUCUGAUCAGUGCCCCAGCCCUCAGCUGGUGCGACUCCCUGGGCGCUGCUGCAAAGAGUGGGUGUGUGACAGCCUGGACAACAGCAUCUCCUCAAAUCCAUCAGGAGCAGAGCAGGCGCGUCAGGACUUCGGGGGUGGGCUGCCCAGCCCAUCGUUUGGCUCGAUCUCUAACUGUAUUGAGUGGGCCUCAGACUGGAGCCCCUGCUCCCACAGCUGCGGCCCAGGUGUCUCCACACGCACCACAAACAAGAACUGGGCCUGCCGCCUGCAGACUGAGACCAGACUGUGCCAGGUCAGGCCGUGCCAGACUCUGCUGCCGGGGCUCCGGAGGCUGCAGCCGGGUUUUGGGGUGUGUGAGAGCAGCUACAUAUCACCUCUGUCCAUUCAGCUUGAACAUCAGGGCUGCUGGAGCACCAGAGCCUACCAUUUUCGGUUCUGUGCCCUGACCUGUCCGGAGGGACGCUGCUGCAGCCCCUCCCACACCAGGACAGUGCGGAUGGUUUUCCGGUGCCCCCAAGGCAUGCUAACCCUGCAGCAGGUGAUGAUGAUCGAGUCGUGCUCCUGCAGCGUCUCCAACUGCCGCCAGUCCCCAGCCGCAGCUGCCCGCAGUGCCCUGCCCUGGCUGUGA